AUGUCCACUCUUGCUAUUUCCGUCCCCUCGGGACAUACCCCCACACACCUUGAGAUGCUUCUGUUUCGAUACGUCGAAACCUUGUCCUUCCGACAUGCUCUUAGGGUCCUGGAGCGUUGGCCUGAGAAUUCUCCCGUUGGAGAAUAUGCAUCUGAUGUUCUACGUGAGCUUCCUGCAAACUACUUCCAGCAGCCUCGACUCUUGCCCACCGGGCCACGCUUUGUCUACACCAAUGGCGUGCUGGAACUGAAACGUAUUGAUGAAGCUUUGCCCAUGCAACAAAUCCACCCAGACUCAACCACCGGAUGUGUUGGUACUGCGAUGCAGGAUGUACUCUCCCCUCCCUUGGAGCAACGACGUCUCCGACCUCUCAAUUCGUUCAUGAUAUUCCGGAGUUUUUGCGCUCCCAUGUUUCCCGGCGUUCCCCAGAAGGUGAAGUCGAUGGCCAUCAGCGAAAUGUGGCAAGACGAUACCUUGAAGUCCCACUGGGCUAUCCUUGCCAAGGCGUACACGAUCAUUCGCGACCAUUUCAAUGUCGACACGCCUUCCCUUUCUACCUUUGUUGAUCUUUGCCUGCCUUUGAUGGGUUUUCUGUCUCGUCAGCAGUAUCUCGCCUCGUCUGGUUGGAUUAUCCAGCCCGAUGGGAACAGCCUCAGCUUGCGCAAGAUCGGCUCGUCAACCUUGAAUACUAUCGUUACGCCAAUUAUCUCUGUGGACCAAGUUGUGCAACACUGCACAGACAACAACUUUGCCCAGGAGCGUGAUGAAGAGUGGGACAAGCACAUUUCCGAAGAUGGAGCCGUGUUCGCUGUGGAGCCAUUGUUCUCAGCCACUAUUCCGGAGCCUCAGAACUGGGUACUCGGCGAUGUUCCCCAGUGGCCAAUUGAAGAAUUUGAAGUUGAUGAGAUGUACUCCACCCUUGAUACCGAGCGCGACCACGGUAUCCCUGCCAUCUAUGACCCAGACAAUAUCUCUCAUUCUACUACGAUGGCGACCCUUGAUCGAAUCUUUGGGACCAACUAG